UCUCAAUCUUCUCAACGUUACCAAGCACUGGCGACGGCGGUGGCAGCGGCGGCGGCGACGAACCUCGAACAUGAACAGCUCGGCGUUGUCGUCACGCUUGGAGCGUGACAAUAUCUUCUCUGAGGAGCAGAAGAGGCUCUAUCUUCUCUCUCUGCCUAUCCUAUCUGGACCGCUGCCCACAGCGAACGAGCUCGAGGAGAAGGUGCUCAAGGAGUCCGAGGCGGCGCUUCAAUGGACCGCUGAUGCGUUCAACAAGUCUUCUGAGGCGCUUUCCCAAGCAAUCAAAGAGGCUCGAGAUCGAGUGAGAUCAGCGAGUGAGGAGCUAGAAUCGAUGCCCGAGGAAAUUUCGUCCAUCGACGAUGAGAUGCUCGAUCUGCGGGGCGAGCUCGACGGCCCUUCAUCGUUGCUGAGCUCGCUCGAGAAACAACAUCACCAGCUUCAGCAGAUCCGCGCUGCCAGAGACUAUCUCUCGGUGCUGGCCAAGGCCGAGGAUCUCAAGUCGCAGGUCAUCACCAAGAACAACGACGAUAAGACGCGGUGGGGAAAGCAGGGUGCGCUCGCGACGCUCUCUCAGCUCUCACGCCUCGUCAAGGCAGCCCAGCUGGCACAUGGGGACGCACCACAUUUGCGUGGCCUCACGUUCGCCGAAUCUCAGGUAACUCAAGCAUACGAGCAUCUGCGCAAGGAACGCAUGCAGAGGCUGCAUUCGGCCCUCGAGCAGAGCGGCUGGCCUCCUCCGCCCGUCGAGCUCGAUGGAUCGAGAGCCGGUGGCAAAACCCAAUCACAAUCACCAGAAGAUAUGCUGCUCGCUUCUUCGUCGGCCAGAAGAUGCUGGAGGGAUGUCAUGGAGCUGCAGGUCAGGGGGGCCAAGCUCGGUCUAGCGCCGGUCCCGACCGCCCUGCAAGGAGUGAUAAUCAACAAAUCAGCAUCGUCAUCAUCGGCGGGAGCUGCAGCCGGGUCGACCGAAUACGAGCCAGUCUUGGCGGUUCGUUGCCUCCUUGAUCCCCUUCUCCUCCGCUUCUACUACCACUUCGACUCGGAUCGUUCGACCAAUCGACUGAACAAGCCCGAGUGGUUUUUGUCCCAUAUGCUGUCACUCUUGCGAAGCCACUCGUCCCUCUUCGACCCGGAACAAGGCGCUGUCGCGUUGCUCUGCAGUUCUGAGAAGCAUGGCACGUCGGUAGACACGGCAAUGGAGCUUCUUCAUGGCCUUCUGCGACCCUUACGAUACAAAAUUGAAUCGAGCAUCGACCUGCUCCUCCAGCACCCAGUCUUACUCUCCCACACCAUCAUGCAAGUCUUGCGCUUCGACGAGGACCUCCGAGACCUAUACCCUCCCGCGGCCCGGCAAUUGUCUAAGUCGGGAGACUCAACAGUCAGGCUCGCUAACUCACUGCUGUCGAAGGAGACUGUAUUUGAAGCCUGGGUCCAGGGCGAGCGUCAAUUCACGAGCGAACGCCUUGAGGACCAGCUGUCGAGUGGCACCGCCUGGCUGGUGGGCGACGAAACUGAUGACGAUCAAGGCGAUUCUAACAGCACCUGGGCUGCUCUAAACCAGUCGUCGAUUGAUUCCUCCACGACAGACGCUGAUUCGCCCUCGAUGAAGACAACGCGGUCUGCCAGGUCUGUCGUAGACCUCAUCGACGGCCUCACCGCUCGCUACUCCCCGCUUUCAUCCGCCAGUCAGCAGCUGCCCUUCCUCUUGAUCCAGUCCUCGCUCUUGAGGCUCUACGCACAGCGACUUGAGCGGUCACUUGAUGCUUUCGAGAGCCUCAGCUCGGCAUUUGCACGCGCAAUACCCGGCGGUAUGGCCUCGAGUGGCAGCGAUGGACCAGCUUCAGUCCCAACUUCCGGCGGUCUCUCUGACGGAGGCGCAUUUGGGACAAGCGAUUCUGCGAUGGUCCAGGGCCUAAGAGGACUGGGAAGGCUGCUGAAGGCUUGUCUCUCGGCAUUAUUUGUUGUUGCCCAUCUCGACCGUCUCUCUUCGACGAGCUUCUUCCUCGUCUUGGGCUCCGCAAUCGGGGGCGGCGAAGCUGGUGGAGGCCGGCUGCUGGCCGACUGGAAACGAUUCGAGGGAGAGGAGGAGGAACAGGAACUCGACAAGGCCUCUCUUGGAGAGCUCGUCAGGCGAGGGUGGCGGAGCGGAGGGAGGCUGGCCAGUGCUGCGAGGCCUUUGGCAGCGAGUGCCGAGAGAAGCUCUUCAGCUUCGCGGUCACCUGCGCCUAGAACUACAAGUCUAGCAGCUGAAACCUCCCUGCAAGAGGGCGAUGCAGAGGUCGCAGUCGAUGUUUGGCAAGGACCGAAAGCGCGCUUUCAGACAAUCGUCGAGCGAAGCCUCAAUGCCAUGGAGAAGCUCGUUGUCGGCGAGACGCUCGACAACCUCCGCGUCUAUUCUCAUCGCGAAUGGGAUGACGAAUCCGAGCAAGAAGGCGACGAAGACGAGGAAAUGCCGACACCGACGCUCUUGGCCUCGCUGACGAUCCUCUCCACCCAUCUCACCCAUCUCCUCCCGUCUCUACCCUCGCAACGGCGCAUAGAAAUGUACCGAUCUAUUGCGUCGAGCCUGUCGACGCACAUCGUCGAUCGCGUCGUCAUGGCCGGCGGCUCGCACCGCUUCAGCGUCAGGGGCGCGAAACAGUUCAAGACCGAUGUCAGGCAUGGCUGGCUGGGAGUCGUGCGCGACGGCGCAAUUGAUCGCGCCCUUACCUCGGUCACUUCCCUCGUGCAGAGUCCGGCAGUGAUCAACAAGCGCAUCGAAGGCCCCUGGAGGACGCUUCUGGAUGUCUCGACGUUAUUGAGUCUGGCCGAGGAAGGAGCAAGCGGGAUUUGGACAGUGGCGCGAGCCACGCGGGCCCUCUUUGAGAGAGACGCGCAGGACGACGUCGAAGGCUUCCAGGCGCUCAAGCGGGAACUGGGCAUCGACGACCGCAUGCAAUUGAGAUUCGCCAGGGAAAUAGUACGGCGAAGAAUCGACUGUCCUGCAUAGUCCUCUCUUCUCCUUUCUCUCACAAAAAUCAACAAUCCUUGCCCUUUCAUUGCUAUCAUUCUCUAAGUCUGUGCACAAGAUUCUUGCUGUGAUGCUUAACCUCGGGCAGCAG